UAUAUGGAAAACCACGUCGUGCCUGGGUUUGCCCUUUUAUCAUGAGAGAAAGCACAUCCCGGACAAUUUCCUUAGGAUCCAAACACAAAACAGAACUGGGAAGUGGUCUCAUUUGAAUUCUUAUAGACUAUAGUACAAUAGUAUUCAGCUUCAAUUCAAAGCGUCCUGUUGUGAAUUCUGGGAUGCAAAUGCUGGCCUCAGCAAAACCUCAAUUUUCCGGGUUAAGGAACCCUCCAUGGUUCAAGACCUUGAGUUUCCGAGCAUUCUCAUCUUCAUCUUCAUCUUCUUCCUCAGCUAACUCGAACCAGUACCGUGGCGGUCUCCCUCGCUUUUUCUCUGAAGUUCUCCCCACUACUAAGGGUAGCGUUGUUCGCGUUCAAGGCGAUGAAUUCUGGCACAUGACUAAAGUUUUAAGAUUGGGCCUCAAUGAUAGGGUAGAGCUUUUCAACGGAAAAGGAGGUCUCGUAGAGGGGUGCAUUGGCAGGCUUGACCGCACCGGGAUUGAUUUUGUAGCGUUAGAAGAUCUGCAAUUCCUUCUUCCACAGAGCACACAGUGGCAUGUAUUUGCAGCCUUUGGUACUCUGAAGGGUGGUCGAGCUGCCUGGCUCGUUGAGAAAUGCACGGAGCUGGGUGCUAGCAGUGUAACUCCUCUGCUGACAGAGCGUUCUCCUUCUAUCUCGGAAAAUCGAGUGGACCGAUUGGAGCGUGUUGUUUUGGCAGCCACAAAACAAUGUCAACGGCUGCAUGAGAUGAUUUUGAAUCCUCCUAUGAAAAUUAAUGACCUUAUACCUUCUGUUUCCCAGUCAAAGAUAUCCUUUGUUGCGGUAGCAGAAGCUGCUCCGCUUGUCAAUGCAUUGACCUCAUUGAGACCACAGUCCAAAGGACUAAUCAUAGUUGGACCAGAAGGGGACUUCACAGAGAAGGAGUUGAACAUGAUAAUAGGAGCAGGUGCCACCACGGUAGGCCUUGGGCCACACCGCCUCCGUGUUGAAACUGCAACGGUGGCACUUUUAGCAACACUAAUGUUAUGGUCUGAUUCUCAGCAAACAGUUACUAUUUAAUUUCCUUGAGGUCUUAAGUCAAGUUGGAACUUGUGAAGUUAUCAUCUUCCACCAUUCCUUUUCUUAUAUUUUUUAUGGCGAAAGGCAAACAAACUUAACUGGGGGAGGUACCAAGUGUAUACAUAAUUGUGUUUCAUAUAUGUGGAUCUGAAGCACAAUCAGGUAUUCAAUUUUAUAUCGAUCAGUGGGA